GAUAGAUAUAUUCACGACAGUACUCAUUCUCUUGAUAUUCACUAUUAUAGGAAUCUACCCUCCCUACUUUUCUUAAGACUAAGCUAAAAAUGCAAAUGGCGGAGUUUGGCCAACAGAUUUCUCCAAAAUCAGACUCAGACCAGGAGGUGUCAAUUACAUCUACAACAUUUUGACUGGUUACCACUAUAAGCCUUAUUAAGGAUUGGAUGUUCCUAAAGGUAAGGCAUACAAUCCCUAUUUUGAUCACAUGAUAAUUGGUAUGGUUAGAUAAUUGCACGAUGGUCUUGUUGAUUACGAAGAUGGAACUCCAGCAUCAACUCCUUAGAUGGCAUUUGAUGUCACAAACUUUAUUUAAUUUGUGCAAAGAAGAAGUGGUUUCCAAAGACCAGAUAAGACUGUAAGAUACUAUAUGUUCUUGACUGGAAUUGCUUUGAUCUAUCCUUUUGCUUACUUGAAGACUAGGGGAUUCUACAGAAACAAUCUCUCUCUUAGAUGGGAAAUGUAUGCAGUCAGAGACGGUGUGUAUUACAAUCACUUUAAAAAAGGAUGGAAGAACUCUAGAGCUAUUCAAUUUAGAGGUCAAGUCUGGGCUUGAAAGUUCUAUAAAAUAUUAAAAACAAUAAAUAUAAUUUAUUUAUAUAUAUUU